UUGCUCUUCGUCGAUCGCGUAAAUCGGAAUCGUUUUGAACCUUGGUUCAGAAGAAUAAUUUAAUUUUGUUGAAACAUGGUGAUUUGCUUCCGGCUAUGGUUCUGCAGAACAUUCUAUAUUGUGCGUAACGGCGCCGCGGUACGUGGUCACAUCGGAUAGGAGCAUUGCCCCCACCGGUCCCCGUUUCAGUGAGUUAAUUACAAUCAGCCGCACCAUCAGUUGCAACAACAUGCCAGCAUCGAGUGUGAAUAAGGAUCUGCAGGCCGAGCGGGCCAAGUGUAGUUUUGACAAAAACGAGUUCACGCUCUGGUGGGUUGGUGGCAGUGACAAGCUUAAGGAGAAGAAUGAUCUAGAAAAAUUUCUCGAAAACGAUCCGGACUUCCACAACACCACUCCGUUACACUUCCUUUCGCAUAAGGAACUGUAUGAAGAAACAAUCCGCCAGUCGACGGCCAUUUUCCGGAAGGUGCGUAAGUUCCACGAGGAUCGUGGCAAUGGUGACCCAUCGAACUACAUGGCUAACCUCGGUGGGUUGCUGGGAAACGGCAUCAUCCGGCAAGGCAACCCGUUGGGUAUCCAUUUUGCAAUGUUCGUACCGGCCCUACUGGGCCAUGCAUCCCCGGAACAGCAGGCAGAAUGGUUACCCCGGGCCCUAAGGUGUCAGAUGCUUGGUACGUACGCCCAAACCGAGCUCGGCCACGGUACAUUCCUGCGUGGACUGGAAGCUACCGCCACGUACGAUGAACGAACGCAAGAGUUUGUCCUGCACAGUCCAACGCUGAGCUCGUACAAAUGGUGGCCAGGAGGAUUGGCACACACGGCCAACUAUUGUGUGGUGAUGGCGCAGUUGUACUCUAAGGGCAAGUGUCACGGAAUUCAACCGUUUAUCGUGCAGCUGCGUGACGAGGAGACGCACAUGCCGCUGAAAGGCAUUACGAUCGGCGAGAUUGGCAACAAGCUCGGCAUGAACGGGGUGAACAAUGGCUUCCUAGGGUUCGAUCAAGUCCGAAUUCCACGCAAGAACAUGCUGAUGAAGAACGCCAAAUUGCUGGAGGAUGGUACGUUCGUGAAGCCACCAUCGCAAGCCCUUACCUAUGGAACGAUGAUGUUUGUGCGGGUUAUCAUUGUCCGUGAUACUGCGAUACAUUUGGCCAAGGUGGCAACCAUAGCCGUCCGAUAUUCGAGUGUCCGUCGCCAGAGUCACAUCAAUCCAGAUCAACCGGAGGUACAGGUAAUCGAUCAUCUAACCCAGCAGUACAAGCUGUUCCCCACCAUUGCUCGCAGCAUCGUGUUUAAGCUGGCAGCAGACAAUCUAUGGCAAAUGUACACCCAAGUAACGGCCGAGCUGGAUCAGGGUAAUCUGGAGCGAUUACCCGAACUGCACGCUAUCGCUUGCUGCCUAAAGGCGGUUACUACGGCGGAUGGUGCCAAGAGUGUUGAAGUUUGUCGAAUGGCAUGCGGUGGCCACGGCUACAUGACUUGUGCCAACUUUUACAAUUUGUACGGAUUCGUAACAGCCGCUUGCACCUACGAGGGAGAGAAUACUGUGCUACUUCUCCAAACUGCCAGAUACCUAGUAAAGGUAUGGAAUCAGGCGAUCAAGGGACAACCUCUUGGCCCGACGGUUCAAUAUCUAGCAAGCUUCAUUCAAAACAAGACCAACCGCCAUCCUUGGAUCGAUACGGUACCGGGAAUUGUAAAGGCACUGCACACCGUAGCCGCUGGCAAGUUGCGUCUAGCGUUCGAACAUAUUGAGCAGCGCAAAAAGGCAGGUUAUACGCAUGAGGAAGCGGUUAACCUGACCGCCCUGGAGCUUACCCAAACGGCCGAUGCCCACUGUCGAGCCUUCCUCGUGCAGUCAGCGUACGAGAUGAUCGAAAAGCUGUGCCAAACCGCAACAGCCCCGUUCGCGAAAGUGAUGCGCUCGAUUUGUGAACUAUAUGCGUACAAUGAGGCCAUUGAAUCGAUUGGGAGCUUAGUGCGAUUUACCACGAUCAGCGAAAGUGACAUCAACAGACUGCAGGUGAAGCUGGAGCAAACACUGCUGGCCAUCCGACCGAAUGCGGUUAGCAUUGUCGAUGCGUUUGCCAUACCGGACGUGCUGCUUGGGUCCCCGCUCGGUGCGUACGAUGGCAACGUUUACGAGAAGCUUUACGAGGAGGCCAAGAAAAGCCCCCUGAAUCAGGAGCCAGUCAACAAGUCGUUCCAUUUGUAUUUGAAACCUUUCAUGCGCUCCAGUCUGUAGAGUGGCGCGUAGAUUAUUAUAUUCCGAUGGUACUACUAGUUUACUAGUUUGUUAUCUACUUGGGGGCUAUGGGCAAUUGUUAAUUUGUUAUACAGAGAAUAAACUACAUUUUAACCGUGA